AUGAAGAUUCCUGUUGGAGAAGCAGAGCUAUUGCCGCCUCCGAUUCUUAUCCCCGAUGAACUCAUUAGAGAAAUCUUGUUAUUGCUUCCGGUGAAAUCUCUCAUGCGGUUCAGGUUCGUGUGCAAGUCAUGGAAUCUUAUAAUCUCUAAUCCUCAAUUCGUGAAACGACACCUUCGUUGUUCUUUAGAUAACAACAUUAGAGACUUCGCACACAUCCAAUUAUUGUCCGAGUCCUACAACGCGGGCAAUGAAUCCUUGGAUCAAUCAUAUGUAUCAAUUUACUCUAUUCCUUUGUUGUUCUCAUCCCAAAAGGGAAAUCUAUACCCAAUAGAGAGUGGUUACAAUUUGAUUGGAGUCUGCAACGGCUUGGUGUCUUUUGCCAAACGGAGAUAUUUUUACUCUGAAAAUGUAUCAUCAUAUUCUUGUUGGGUCCGUUUGUGGAACCCAAUUACCGGGUUAUGGUCAAUGUCACCACCUCUGACUUUUUCACGACAACCUUUUGAGGAUAAUUCGGACGAUAGUUUUGGGUUUGGAUAUGAUUGUAUGAAUGAAACUUAUAAGAUGGUGGCUAUUAUGGACAUGCGAAAUUCUCUCGAAGAAGAGCCUGAGAAAAAUGUGGUGAAAAUUUAUGACAUGGGCAGUACUUGUUGGAGAAGGAUUCAAUCUUUCCCAGAUCUCCCAAAUAGGGUUUGGCCAAGCGCAAUGAGCAAUGGAGUUUAUGCGAGUGGCGCACUUAAUUGGUUAAUAUUAACAAAGACCAAAACCUUCAUUGUUGUUUCACUUAACUUGGGGAGAGAAGAGUAUUUACAAUUGUCACUGCCUCCUUCUUCUCAACAUGCUAAAGAUCGUUGUUUUCCACUCCUUGAUGUUCUGAAGGACUCCUUGUGUAUUUUGCAAAAUGACGGCGAGAAGGGAUUUGUGGUUUGGCAAAUGAAGGAGUUUGGAGCUCAAGCAUCAUGGACUAAACUAUUCAAUUUUCGUUUUGAACGAAAUCUCGCCCAUAUGAUUCCUUACUUCAGUCCAAUGCAGUUCAUCUUGUCUGAGAUUAAUGAGGUUUUGCUGAUGUCCUACAACGAACUAGUUCUAUAUAACCACAGAGAUAAUACAUUCAAAGUUAGUCAUAGAGCUUCUCAAUAUGCUUGGAUUGUCCACAAUUACAUUGGAAGUUUGGUUUCACCCUAUUAA